UAACGCACGUUUUGAAUUGAAAGAAAAGAAAAAUAAAACAAAUAUUUAGGAUCAACGUUAAGAAAACGAAAGUUAUAUUUUGAAGUUGCUGCUGUUAGAGUUAUUACACAAAUAGACAUUGAACCUUAAACAGGUCAAGUGGCGGGAAUUUAAAUAAUUUAAAAAAUAAACAAAACGGUUAUAAAAAAUACUAAAACAGUGCAAAUAAAAUUGUGAUAUUGAAUAUUUAAUAGAAUAAUAAGAAAAAUUAAACUAAUUAAAAUAUUUUAAGUGAAUAAAUUUAAAAACAUGACUGAUCAUUUAGAAGCCUCAACUCUACACAAUGAAACCCUUCCACCAAACAAUGCACAUUUAGUACAACCUGUCACCACAAAUGCCGACGGUACAGCAAACGAUCUGCGUACCAACUAUGAGACCGAUAAUGAAAGUGAUAAACCCGUUCUAUUAGAAUUAGGUGUCAGUACGAAUGUUGCCUCCACCUUAAAUGUUCCCACCUCAGUGGCCUACAGCAGUGAUUAUCCUUUGGAUGUACAUUUAAAUAAUGUUUAUGGCAUAAGUGUUACUGCAACACACUCUCACCCGUACAAUACAGAUCCUGCUCUGCUUUACAAUAAUCCCUAUAAUGACGGCAUAUCAUCAGUGACUACACAUCAAACUCUGCUAUAUCCUGCGCAUCAGUCCAGUGCUUCAUCAUCUCUUAUUUCUUUAAAUAAUGUACCUUAUACCGCUCAUAUACCACAAACGGUACAAACUUGGUCAACACCGAAGCCCGUAACGAGUAUAACGCCCUCAGAAGUCAGUAACAAAAUGCAGACACAAAUUGUACCACCACCGGUUUAUAUGUCGUAUCCGGAUGUUCGAGAACAUACGAUUAUUAAGGAAACAAAUCCCUCGUGGAAGGUUAAAGCUUUACAAAGUGAAAAAGACUAUAAAAAGACUGCCUGUGAUCGUGAACGUACACGUAUGCGUGAUAUGAAUAAAGCAUUCGAUCUAUUGCGAUCGAAAUUACCCAUUUCAAAGCCGAAUGGUAAAAAAUAUUCCAAAAUUGAAAGUCUACGCAUAGCCAUCAAUUAUAUAAAUCAUUUGCAGAAAGCUCUUAAUGAUACUACUGUAAAUCCAAAUAGUCAAACAGCUGUUGAAUAUCUAACCGAUUUAAAUUCACGAAGACGUUCUCAUUCAAAUCAUAAAUCAAAUACUUUCGAUGAUGUUGAGGAUAAACUGGAGAAUUUGGAUGAAUCCCGUAGUACAUGGAGUGGUGAUGGUUAUAUAGCAAAUAGUCAGGAUAAAUGGGAGUGAAGGGGCUUGAACUUUUUAUUAUAAAAAAAUACCAAAGAUUUAAGAAGUUUUAAAACAAAUCUUAAUUAGAAAUUAAAUUGCUUUUUUGAGUAUAAAUAUUGUUUUUAUUACGAAUUAGAGUAAAGGGGUUUGAAACGAAAUAUAUACUGAGCUUAGUUUUCGAGGGAAGAUAUCGGUUCUACACCAUUUCAAU